CAUCAAAAGAAAGUCAUUCAACUGAUAUUAAUGAGGAAUUAGUUGACAAUUUACAACCAAAAAAGAAAACAAAGAUCCUGAAGAUUGACUUAUUUUCAAAUAAUGAUGAUAUCUUCGCUCAAGCGUCUAAAAGUUCAUCAUCUCAACCAAUGACUCGAACAUCUAAAAGUUCAUCAUCUCAACCAAUAAUUCAAGUACCUAAAAGUUCAUCAUCUCAACCAACGACUCAACUGAUGGCAAAAAAGUAUCAACAAUGCCCUUUCCUAUGGUAG